ACACCCAAUUUAAAUAGUGUUUGAGUAUUCCGUGCUCAUGCGGGAUCAUGGAUUGUUAUGGAGGGAAAAUUGUGUUGCAGAUUAAUCAACUUUGAAAAUGAAAAUCACUUCCAAUGACCACUGAAACCCAAACGCUACACAGCAUUAUAUAAAAUGUUUAUGCGUGAAAGAGCAUUAACGUUUCGUACAUUCUUAUAACAAUGACUGACGAGUGUGAUGCGAAGCCAAACGACAGUGUGCAGAAUAUUUCAAUUCUCAGUACUCAGCGAAAACAGAAUCUUGCGUCUUGGGGUCUUCCAGAUACUAUACUAAAGCAUUAUGAGGUGUCUGGUGUUGUGUCCAUGUUUCCAUGGCAGGUUGAAUGCCUCAGUAAUCCUAGAGUCCUUGAAGGGGGAAAUCUUAUUUAUUCAGCACCAACUUCUGCAGGUAAAACACUAGUUGCUGAGAUUCUCACCAUUAAGACAAUUCUUGAAAGGAAGAAGAAAGUUAUCAUCAUCCUUCCAUUUGUGUCAGUUGUACGAGAAAAAAUGUUCUACUUUCAGGACUUGCUGUCCAGAAGUGGGGUGCGAGUGGAAGGGUUAAUGGGAAGUCAUAGUCUGCCUGGUGGUUUCAAAAGUGUUGACAUUGCCAUCUGUACCAUUGAGAAGGCUAACAGUCUUAUAAACAAGUUACUGGAAGAAAGGUCUCUUCAUAAAGUUGGUACUGUGGUUGUUGAUGAAUUGCAUCUCUUGAGUGAUCCUUUUCGAGGUUACCUGCUAGAACUGCUUCUCACCAAGAUACUCUACAUGUGCACCACGGAGGACAGUGUGAAUAUUCAGGUUGUGGGCAUGUCGGCUACUAUCCCCAACUUGGCACUCUUAGCCAAGUGGCUGGGUGCCGAUCUCUAUCGAACAGACUUUCGACCAGUUCCUCUGAAAGAAUUCUUGAAAGUUGGUCCUACUGUAUAUGACAACCAACUGAAGAAGCUAUAUGAUAUGCAGUCUUCCAAACAUAUACAGGAUGACCCAGAUCAUGUAGUGCAGUUAUGCCUGGAAACCUUGAUUAAUGGUCACUCAGUGCUGGUAUUCUGUGCUACUAAGCAGUGGUGUGAGAAACUUUCACAGCAUAUUGCAAAAGUGUUCAGGACCAUUGGUUUAUCAGGGAGUGAAUUAGGUCAGCAGCUUCGUGAACAAUUGGACUCAAAUGCUAUAGCUGAGGCUUUGGAACAAUUGCAUACAUGCCCAGUUGGACUGGAUAAAGUACUUAGGUGCACUGUGGCAUUUGGUGUAGCAUUUCAUCAUGCAGGUUUGACACUUGAUGAGCGUGACAUUCUGGAGGGUUAUUUUCGUUCAGGAGCUCUGAGAGUGCUGGUAGCUACUUCAACUUUAAGUUCAGGCGUUAACCUUCCUGCUCGCCGUGUCAUUGUACGUUCACCUGUAUUCCAUGGGAAAUCUCUGGAUUCUCAAACAUACAGGCAAAUGAUCGGUCGUGCAGGCCGUAUGGGUCGAGAUACUGCAGGCGAGAGCUUUCUUAUUUGUAACAAAGGAGAGAGACAUAUGGGAGAAAAACUGGUUGGGGCAGAAUUGAAACCAAUUGAGAGUUGCCUUGGGCAUGGUGAACUGGCAGCCAGCCUAAAGAGGGCUAUAUUAGAGGUGAUUGCAAGUGGUGUGGCAUGCACUCCCCAGCAGGUGACUCAGUACACAAAUUGCACACUACUUGCUGCAACAAAAUCUGAUCUACGAAACCCUAUAUCAGCCUGCGUUAAGUUCCUAGAGGCCAAUGAGCUUAUUCGGCUUCAGGAAGAGGAAGAGAGAGUAGGGCACAAGUAUGUGCCUACACCCUUAGGUCUUGCCUGUCUUGCUGCAUCUCUUCCUCCAGAUGAGGGUCUUCUUCUUUUUGAUGAGCUACAGAGGGCUCGUCAGUGUUUGGUGCUGGACACUGAGCUUCAUAUAAUAUAUGAGGUAACACCAUACAGUGUUUGCUCUCAAUGGGGAAACUUGGACUGGUUACACGUAUUAAAUCUAUGGGAACAACUAUCACCAGCUAUGCGAAGGGUUGGAGAGUUAGUGGGAAUUUUACAAAAGAUGUCCGUUCAUCGUCGAUUUUAUACAGCCCUUGCAUUACAUGACCUAGUUAAUGAAGUUCCUUUGCCUGCUGUUGCAAAGAAGUUUGGUUGCUCAAGAGGCAUGUUACAGUCUCUACAGCAGUCUGCCGCUACUUUUGCAGGUAUGGUAACAGCAUUUUGCCGACGUCUUGGAUGGUCUAGUGUGGAACUCCUAGUGUCACAAUUCCAAGAUCGCCUCCAAUUUGGUGUUCAGCGUGAACUGUGUGACCUGAUGAGGCUUGAUGGGUUGAAUGGACUGAGGGCACGAGCUUUGUUUGAUGCAGGCAUCUGUACACUUGCUGAUCUUGCAGUUGCAGAUGUGUGUGCUGUGGAAAAUGCUCUCCAUAAAGCUGUGCCCUUCCAGAGUUGCAAAGAAUUGGAUGGGGAAACAUCUUUUGACACAAACCAGCGCAAAAAGUUAAGAAAUGUGUGGAUUACAGGACAUCAAGGACUAACUGAAAGGGAGGCUGCAUCCUUGUUAAUAUCUGAUGCCCGUUCCUUUCUUCAGAAAGAAUUGGGCUUAUCUACUGCUAAAUGGGUUGAUGAAAAAAGUGAUACAUCAGGUCAUGACAACCAAUCUCUAUCAGAACAAAGUAUGCAGAGCUCACAAGAACAAUCUCUACUUCAUGAUAAAACUUCCAAGCAUUCUGAACAAACAGCCAACUGUUCAUCCAUUUCAUGUCACUUUCAGGCACAUUCAUUAUUGCGAGAAGAACAACUUCAGUCAAAAACAUCUCUUUCUGAAACAAAUAAGAGACCUGCAAAACAUAAAAGGAAGAAUUCACUGCCAAGAAAUAAAAUUCCAGAUUUAAACAAUGGAAUUGGAAAAACAGAUUCUAAAUGUCUGUUGUCAGAAGUAAGCGAUGAGGAUUAUGUUUCAUCUUCACCAUCAUUAAACAGCAGUCAGGACAAGUCUUCACAAAGGCAUAUAAGUCAAAAGCUUCGUUCUAAGUUAGGCAAAGCCAUGAAUUCUAAAAUGAUUUCUUGGAGAAUUUCCCAGAAUACGUCUGCUAAGAUAAACACUGGUAAUUCCCAAAAAAAUAUAUCGUGUAAGAUAUCUGACAUCAAUGCAAGUAAACCACAUAAAGCUGUACCUAUCUUUACAGAGCAGUUCCAAUGUAAUAAAAUAGACAACACUCAUUCCAAAAGGGUUGAUUGUUCACCAUCAGAAGAAAGGAGAUUCUCACCCAUGCUCCAUGAAACAUCGGAUGAUCUGCCUGGUACUCAUUCAGAGAAUAAUAAGUCUUCCAGUGAAGUAAAUCAGAGUAUAGAUUAUUUUGGUUCCCUGCUUGAAAUAUCAGAAAGUAAGCUGCAUGAACAAACUCAACAGUUUAAACAAAAUAAUAAGUCAGAGGUUAGGAAUGAAUCAUCUCCAGAAAAUGUAAGUGAAAAAGUAGCCAUUAUUUCAAAUGUAGUCAACAAUAGAGAGUUAUGUCUAAGGCCUUUUGUAUCUUCCUUUAAAAUAACCGAUAAUACAGUGAAUAAAAAUAAUGAACAAUUUACAAAUGUACAUGGUACCAAUGUUUGUUUAUCAGAUGAUCAAGGGAAUGAACUCUUAGAAAAAGAUGCUGUUAAUGUUGAUCAGAUGAUACUUAAACAGAAUAUUAACCCAUCAUUAGGUCCUGUGUUUGAAAAGUUGGUAGAAAAAGAUAAAGUUACCCUAACAAGGGCAGAUAACAAGAGAAGGAGUUCAGAUUUCUUCUCAUCACCUGUAUCAGGAGGAAAGAUUGCCCUUGAUGUUGAAGGUGACAUCCGAAGUCCAAGUUUGUUUGGGGACAGUCUCGUGAUGGACACACAACUUAACAACUUGUUGGAUGUAUGCUACUGUGAACAUCAAACAACAACAGAAGGAGACUAUAUGAAUCAAGCACAAGACUGUAAUCAAGUGUCAUUUUCUAACCAAAUCCAACAGGCACCACAAAGCAUAAAUGAUCAGUGCUUAUCUUCAAUGUGUAGCAGUGGCAUCAUUUUCAGUAAGGAUGGAUGUGUUAAAAGUGGAAUGGAAUGCCAUAAAGUUGAAGAAGAAGACUCUCCAUUUAAGAAAGUAAAACAAUUACACAGCUUAUCAAAAGGUUUCAUGUCUGCUCGGGAAGUUAUGAAGGGGCAAAUAUUAAACAAAACUACUAAUUCUUCAGAAUAUCAUCCAGAAGUUGAAGAUUUGGAAUUCUCUGCAGCUUCAAAUAUUGUCAGAGACUCAAUAGGAAGAAAAGGAAUAAUCCUUCAUUUAUCAACAGAUACUGAAGUUUCAGGCCCUCAUAGGGUUUAUUCUGAGGAAAUAGAUUUUCAUUCUCUUAAUGAACAGACUGCUGUAUCACAUAUUAAAUCCGAUUUCAAAACAAAAAAGGGUUUGGUGUCACCAGUUACCUAUCAUUUUAAUGAAAAAUUACAAGAAGACUUCCAUAAAAGUAAUAGACCUUCAAAAGAAACUCUGAGAAAAAAACGAAAAAUAUCUACAUCUAGUGAUUACAGUUAUUCUGAACAUGAAUUCAUUAAUAGGAAAAGGAAAAAAAUUUCCAGUGAAUAUAAAUUUGUAGCUGACGAACAUGAAACGAACUGUGCAGAAAUGGUAUUUUCAGUUCUGAAUGAAAGUUUUAAUGCAGAGCACUGGCUUAAUACAAAGAAUACGAGUACAUCUGAAGCUAAUAAAAAUUUUCCACCAGAGGGACAGUGUCCUGAUGAAAAUGAACACUUUCCAACUGAAAGCCAGGGAGCAAUUCAUGUGCCUGAACAAAAUAUUUACACUGAAAAGCAGAUGGUAAGAGAGAAACCAAAUGCAGAAGUUGAUCACAUUACAGAAUCCUUCCUCAGAACAGCCUUUGACACAUACUGGGAUUUGGAUACUGAAAAUUCAAAAACGAAAAGGGAUGGUGAACUUCAACAUGACUUGGGAGCACAGGAAGUUAGCAUUAGUACAAGUAAAACCAAUCUGUUACAAAAACAUGCACUCGUUCCUCCAAGUGUGUUCAACAUUACACAGAAAUCUAAUAAGCCAGAGACUGAAAAUGAGGUGAUAUCAGCAGAUAGUGCUUCAUCCAGUCAAAGAUGUAGAAUUAUGACAAAAGCAGGAAGUAAAGUUGAUCAGUCUCCUUUUGUUAUUAGCAACUCACUUUUUGAAGCUGCUUUCAGUACAUGCUGGGAAGAAAACCCUGAGUAUAAGGAAAUAAAGAGGGAAAUAGCUCAUAGCAAACAAAAUGUAAGCAGUAAUGCUGGAUGUAAUUUAUCAGUAAAAGAUGCUGAUAUUCAUAAUAAUCUUAGACACCAAGAGCUUCAUUUUGACAAUAGGGGAAGUGAGGGACAAUCAUCUAGUAAGACAGAGAUGAUUGGAUGUGGCAGAAGAAGAUCUCCAAGACUUAUGGCCAUAGAUAAAGAAAAGAGAAAUUCACGUGGAAAAUCCAUUGAGAAAGUCACUGAAAAGAAGAACACACAAGGUUCAUUAAAAGAUGAACAUAAUGAAGACUGCCCCAGAACAUUUUCAGCAAUUUCCAUUGCAUCUCUAGAAGUUUUGGAAAACAAAAGCAGCAUUAUUAAUAAAAAGUUGCAUCCUGAAGAGAUUUUGCAAGAUUGCAGCCAACAAUGCCAUCUACAAAGACCAAGCAAUAUGAAGAUGGGCUUUCCAGAAGUGAAUAUGAACUUAUCUCCAUCUAGCCAUGUACAGAAAGACUUCACAGACAGAACAGAGACCCCAGUUAUAAAAGGGUCAAAUUCUUCAUCAGUCAGUAGUCCAACAUUUUGGAGGACAAAGGCAAAUAAAAUGUUGCAGUUAAGUAGUGACAGCAAUUCAGAUGCAGAAGAAGCAGAUGAUUUGAUUACAUCAUCACAAGGUGAUGACAGUGGAAGAAAAAGGGGGUGUGACAACCUGGAUAAAGUAAGAUGGAAGAUGUCAGAAAGAGAUAUAAGAAGUAUGUCAAAAAGUCCAACACAUUCUCGUCAGCAGCUUAGUACAACUAUUAGGCCAAUAUCAAAACAUACCAAGAACAGAGUCAGUCCAAGGAAAGCAAUUGGAUGGGAUUCCAUUAAUAUUGUUGAUGUUUGUGGACAUGAGAGAAUAUGGACUGCUUUCCAAUCUGAACUGACCUGCAUGGGUAUGUCCAAUAUGGCCAUAGCUGUUGCUUGUGAACGCUUCAGUCAACCCACCUCACCAAGAAGCACAAAUAAUACAAGAAUAGGGGCCAGGAUCAUUGGCUACAAGAAGAAGAAACCUCCAAGCACCUCACAUGAAAGGACACUGCAUUAUGGGGACAGAAAUGUGUCAGGAAUUGCUGUCUGCUUUGGUGGGAACGAUGUGUUCUACAUCAGUUUAAAACAAGCAGGUGACAAGAAUUGUGUAGGCUUACAGUGCAAGCUGGAUUUAAUUCAAGAUCUGCUGGCUAGAAAACAUCCCGUUUGUGCAUUUGACCUCAAGGAACACCUGAAAGCCCUAGUUCAAUGUUGUGGUAUAAUGGUGGACCUUACUAUGGGUCAUGACCCCAAAGUUGCUGAUUGGUUGCUGGAACCAGAGAGUAGAGAAAAGAACCUUCAUGCUAUGGUAUUAAAAUAUUGUGGCAGUAUUGCUAGCAAUUUAGUACAUCUAGUAGGAAGUGGUUGGGGUGUUGGUAGCCCUGCUUUAGACUGGACGAGUACAACAUUAGGAAGCCUAAGAGCUUGUGUUGAAGCAGUUCUCACAUGGCAACUUGUUGAAGCUCAGUGUCUCAGUUUGGAACAGAAGAAACUGGACAGAAUCUAUGCAGAAGUAGAAAUGCCAGCAUUACUAUGCCUAGCACAAAUGGAGCUAAAUGGUAUUGGAUUCAGUAAGGACAAAGCUGAAAGACUGCGUGAUAUAUUGGAACAACAGUUAACAUUACUGGAACAACACGCAUACAAAUUAGCAGGACAUACUUUCUCUUUAACAUCACCUACUGAUGUAAGCAAGGUGCUAUACAGAGAGCUGGGACUGGCUACAAGCAGACGGAGUUCAAAAUACCGACGACCCAGCACCAAUAAAGAGGCUCUAAUGCAGAUUAAGGCUCAUCAUCCAUUGCCAGGAGUUAUCAUACAGUGGCGAAAGUUGAAUGCUAUACUUGCCAAGACAUUACACCCACUGCUGGCUCCUGGACAGACUAGUGAGCGAAUGUUCACCAGCUCAGUAAUUCACACGGCUACUGGACGCAUCUCCAUGCAUGAGCCAAAUCUCCAGAACAUUCCAAGAGAAUUUAAGAUUGAAGUAGACAAAAUGAAAGCAAGCGUUCCUACAUCCAUCAAUAUCAGAUUGGCUUUUGUGCCAGGAAAAGGUAAGGUGUUUGUGUCAGCAGACUACUGUCAAUUGGAGUUACGUCUCCUGGCUCAUCUGGCAAAGGAUUCCAUUUUGUGUUCAAUUCUUAACUCUGGCAGUGAUGUGUUUCGUAGUAUUGCUGCCACCUGGAAUCAAACUUCAGAAUCAGAUGUAACAACUGAACAACGUCAGUGGGCAAAACAAGUAUGUUACGGAAUGAUAUAUGGAAUGGGUACAAAAGCACUUGGAGACCAACUAGAAGUGGAAGAGGAGGAUGCAUCAGUCUUCAUGGAUUCUUUUAGGAAUGCAUAUCCAGGUGUGAAGCAGUUCUUGCUGGAUACAGUAACGCGGUGUCGUAAGGAAGGAUACAUAGAGACGCUCUUUGGCCGUAGAAGGUACCUGCCCACCAUACACAGUUCAAAUGCAACUAUAAGAGCACAAGCUGAAAGGCAGGCGAUCAACUCAACUGUUCAGGGAUCAGCAGCCGAUAUAGCCAAGAAAGGUAUGGUUCUUGUUCAGUCACGACUGCGGAAUGCGGGAUACACCUUGAAUUCUGUUGCAAGUCUUGCCUUGCACCUUCAUGAUGAACUGCUAUAUGAGGUAUGCUGUGAACAUGCACUGGAGGUGGCACAGACAGUACAAACUGCCCUGGAGAAUGUUGUCACUCUCUCUGUGCAACUUCCUGUUAAAAUGAAGGUUGGAGAAACAUGGGGAUCCUUACAAGAAAUAACGUUUUAACUGAUCAAAACACAUCUUAACUAUACCAAAGUAAUGCAUAAAAGUUUGUGAAUGUUGUGAAACUAAAUUUAUGAAGUUUAUCAACUGUCACAACAGGACCGAAUAUUUCAAAGUAAUUUUAUAGUAAUAUGAACUACCACAACAUGAAAACCGGUCAAACACCGAGUAUAAUCUAGUCUAUUUAGAUAUAAGUAAAGUAAAUCUGACCCA